GGCCGUCGAUAGGACAGAAAAUUUUUCUGCCCUGAAAGAGUUCAAGGUAAUCUCAGAGCCGCGCUGUUGUCUAUCCAGCCAAGGGCCCACGAUAAAAACGACUGCCACACACACCCACGCAGCAAAACUUUAGUUACCCCGCCCUGACCUCACUAGGUAACUCGAACCAAAUUGGCGACGCUGCGCUCUCAACGUUUCCUCCUCCUCAAGCCGCUUCAUCAGUUCACCGGUUCCCUCCUCUCGAGACACCUGCGUCCCAGACAAAUCAGAAAGAUGGGUGACAUCACGCACCCUACCAUCAAGGAUGGGUGGUUCCGUGAGAUUUCGGACAUGUGGCCCGGCCAGGCCAUGACCCUCCAGGUCAAGAAGGUCCUGCACCAUGAGAAGAGCAAGUACCAGGACGUCCUGAUCUUCGAGUCCACCAAUCACGGCAACGUGUUGGUCCUGGACAAUGUCAUCCAGUGCACCGAGCGGGACGAGUUCUCGUACCAGGAGAUGAUCACCCACCUGGCCAUGAACUCGCACCCCAACCCCAAGAAGGUGCUCGUCAUUGGCGGCGGUGACGGUGGUGUUCUGCGUGAGGUUUUGAAGCACGAGUGCGUCGAGGAGGCCGUGCUCUGCGACAUCGAUGAGGCCGUCAUCCGCCUCUCCAAGCAGUUCCUUCCUCACAUGGCCGUCGGCUUCAACAACCCCAAGGCGAAGGUCCACGUCGGCGACGGCUUCAAGUUCCUCAACGACUACAAGAACACGUUUGACGUCAUCAUUACGGACUCGUCCGACCCCGAGGGCCCGGCCGAGUCGCUCUUCCAAAAGCCCUACUUCCAACUGCUCCACGACGCCCUUCGCGAUGGUGGCGUGAUUACCACGCAAGGUUCCGAGAACCAAUGGCUCCACCUGCCACUGAUCAGCAAGCUCAAGAAGGACUGCAGCGAGAUCUUCCCCGUGGCCGAGUACGCCUACACGACCAUCCCGACCUACCCGUCCGGCCAGAUCGGCUUCAUGGUCUGCUGCAAGGACCCCAACCGCAACGUGCGGGUGCCCCUCCGCUCGUGGACCAAGGAGGAGGAGCGCAAGCUGUGCAGGUACUACAACUCGGAGAUCCACAAGGCCAGCUUCGUCCUGCCGACCUUUGCCCAGGAGGCCCUUCAAUGAAGAAGUGGAUUGCCGGUUUUGCGGUGGGCGAUAGAGGGUUUGUAACGACGCCCCGAGAGAUGAUGGUGUCUCGCUUGUUUUGAGGGCAGCCCAAAAGGCUUAAAAGGUGUGCAGCGAGCAUCGUUGGGGUGAACGAUGCCAUGGGUAGCUGCUGGAUAUAAGCGGAUAGAUCA